AAAAAGAUAAAAGAUCUAAGAAGGUAGAAAAGACAAUGGCAAAGUGGUGUGCGAUCGUAUUGAUGAUGAUGGUGAUGAUUGUUGCGGUUACAAUAGAAGCUGCACAAGAAGAAAAUGGUUGGAUUCGUUGUUUCCGUCAAUGUUCUAGUCUUUGCCGCGAUGACGAUGGCAAUUGUUUCGAAAGCUGUAAAAUCAAAUGUGGUGGCCCUGUCCCUCCCUUAACUGUCGCGGUCACAACAAAAGUUCGAGAACAAGACAAUGGUUGGACUCGAUGCUUUCGUCUAUGUUCUAGUCCUUGUCGCGAUGACGAUGGCAAUUGUUUUGAAAGAUGUAAAAUUAAAUGUGGUGGCCCUGUCCCUUCCUUAACUCGUUAACGAAGGAGCUCACAUGAUGAGAUGGCAAUCAAUGGAAGUUCACGGAGAGAGAGAAUGAUAUAGACGAAAUCUGUCGCGGAUUUAUGAUCAUGUCAACUAUUUAAGAGUUUCAUUAAAACGUUAGAAUUAUGUCAAGAAACCUUGAGUUUUUGUUUUAAGAUAAAAUAAAAAUUAGA